GAAUCAAAAUGGCCUCACUUCCGUCAAGUGCACACCGGCGUCAUGGGCUCGCGUGGUUUAUGAAGAAAAUAAAGUUUAUUUUUGUGUAUAGAUAGUCAAAAAAGAAUAAAACAUUGGAUUUUUAAUAAUAAGUUCCUGAGCUUCAAAUGGGCAAACCAGAGUUCAAUGGAGGCCGUGGCGGCGGGCGUGGAGGUUUCGGCGGCGGACGGGGCCGCGGGGGCGGCUUUGGAGGUCGCGGCGGCGGUGGUGGCGGCUUUGGUGGUCGCGGUGGUGGCGGCGGCCGCGGGGGAUUUGAGAAGAGGGGCGGUGGCAGAGGGUUUGGCAGAGGAGGAGCAGGUGGUGGCCGCGGUCGUGGUGGCGGCGGUAGAGGAGGCGGUGGCUUCAAGGGAGGCAAGCAAGUUAUCAUCGAACCACACAGACACGCUGGAGUAUUCAUCGCCAGAGGCAAAGAGGAUGCCCUAGUAACCAGAAACCUUGUGCCAGGGUCAGAAGUUUAUGGAGAAAAGAGGAUAUCUGUGGAGACCGACGGAGAGAAGGUGGAAUACAGAGUAUGGAACCCGUUCAGGUCAAAGUUGGCAGCGGCGAUCAUGGGCGGUGUGGAUACUAUACACAUGCCUCCGGGCUCCAGGGUGCUGUAUCUUGGAGCUGCUAGUGGAACUACAGUCAGUCACGUCUCUGAUGUUGUUGGACCGGAGGGUCUGGUGUACGCUGUGGAGUUCUCUCACCGAUCCGGGCGUGAUCUUAUCAAUGUGGCAAAGAAAAGGACUAAUAUUAUACCUAUCAUUGAAGAUGCCAGGCACCCGCUUAAAUACAGAAUGCUGGUGGGCAUGGUGGACACGAUAUUCGCGGACGUGGCGCAGCCCGACCAGGCUAGGAUCGUCAGUCUGAACGCGCAACACUUUUUGAAGAACGGAGGACAUUUCGUUAUUUCCAUUAAGGCCUCCUGUAUCGACUCAACAGCCCAACCUGAAGCGGUGUUCGCGGCCGAAGUGAAGAAACUUCAAGCGGACAAACUGAAACCCCAAGAACAGCUGACCUUAGAACCCUACGAGCGAGAUCACGCGGUCGUCGUCGGGGUCUUUAGACCACCGGCCAAGAAAGACAAAUAGAUUAGUUGACUAUCGAAAGCUAGAUUUUAAUGAAAUUAAGGGAAAAAU